GCUGUUCGGCCGAUAGAGAAACAGCGUUGCAAAUUGUUUGUCAAUAUUUUGGAGUUUCGUAAUAUUUUAACGAAUUUGUAAUAGUUAUGAUACGUUCACCUUUAUAUUUUUAUAAUAAUGUAUCAAAGUGAAAAAAUAUUUUGAUCUUUGAUCUUUUAAAGUGAUUGCUGUCCCAAUUUUUCCUAUCGAGGGUAUGGAAUGUUUCGAUGUAUGUGCGCACACACAUACACACAUCGAUAAUAGUAUGUAAUAUAUGUGUAUGAUACAUCGACGAUACUGUCAACGAGUGCGUUGUGCAUGUGCAGUGAUGCUACUUCUAUAUGCAACGCUGGAAUCCCAUCUGUUUGAUUAAAAAGGAAAAUGUUUAAAAUAUUUCUUAACAUUGGAAAGAAUUGACUAUAUUUAAGAUAGAUCUUAUCCAAUUAUAUGAAACUCCAAUUAUAUUUAUAAAUGGUGAAAAAAUGCAAUCCUUUUUUAAAAGUAAAACCUUGAUGUAAAAAGAAAAAGAAAAACAAUACACAAGAGAAUAGGUAAUUUUAAAUGUUGAGAAGAAUCUCUUAUCUUGUCACUCCAUUUUGGUAAGUCAACAAGCCAAGAUAAAUAUUCCUUUUGCAAAUUUGCUAAUACUAUAAAAAUCUUAUUUAUUUUAUAUCUCUUCAAUAUGUAUAUGAACAUAUAUGCCAAACAUGUAUGUUAUCAAAACAAUGAUGUAUCCAAGAUAUGUAGGUGGUCGAUUUAACACGGAUGCAUACAUCAGACAAUUGUGUAUCCUAUUUAGUUGAUGCACAAAAUAUUGUCUUAGAGACAUUUGUUAUUUUUAUUGCAUAUCUUUAUUCUUGCUCUUUUUGAGCAUCCUUAUUGUCAUAGAAUAUUCAGUGUUCACAAAAUCACUUUUAAUGAGGCUGAAAUCACGAACAAGAAGGCAAACUCUCUUUUGAGAAAGUACAGUGUUUUACGACUGACUUUGAUGAACAAUGAACCAUUCCGGAAGCGGAAAACGUCAGGCGAAGGUUCUGGAAGAAAAUUAUUGGGACUGCAGUGUCUGCACAUAUAGAAAUACAGCGGAAGCAUUUAAGUGCCUCAUGUGUGACGUCCGCAAAGGAACUUCCACGCGGAAACCCCGCAUUAAUCCUCAAUUAGUGGCACAACAGGUUGCACAACAGCAAUAUGUGCCACUUUUAAAGCCUGGCAAAAAAGAAGGAAGUAGUGGUAGUAGUACAACUAGCAGUGGAAAAGAAAAAGACCGCAAACUGGACAAACCAAGGCGCAAGAGUAGGCAUCCACCUCGUCUUAAAAAUAUAGAUCGUAGUACGGCUCAAACCAAUGAAGUAACGGUAAAUAAUGUUACCGUUGUUAUUACUGAAUAUAAACCAAAAGUUAAAAAAAGUUCGGAUCAGUCUGGUAUUUCCAGCAGUGCUUCUUCUGAAAAUGGAAGUCAGCAUGAUUCCAAUCAAGACUCUAGAAGUCUGGAUAUAGGAACUGAUGCCUAGGUCAAUACUAUGUCACAUAUAUGUGUGGAUUAUUCUAAUUAAUAUAUUAUAUGUCACUUUCCAUGUACAGUCGUACAUCUUGUGGGCAAAAGCGACAGUUUUGUCUAUCUGUUACAGCUACACAAUAAGUCAGACAUUUUAUGCUAUCAAUGGAAUGUUUAUUUUAUACUAUUUUCUUAAUAAUCAGUACUAUUAAAAACAAGCUAUUUAUGAUAUAAGAAACUGUACUUAACUAUCUUAUAUUUAUUAAUUCAUAUGAUUAGUAAUGUUUGUUUUUACUCUUAUACAAAAUUUAUUCAUAUAUAUAUAUAUAUAUAUAUAUAUAUAUAUAUAUAUAUAUAUAUAUAUAUAUUAUAGAAUUUUUUAUUUAUUUUACUUACAAUCCAUACUUGCAAAAAUUGUAUCAUUAUAAAUUCAUAUCCAUUGUUAACAUAAUAAUGUCCAUGACUUUUACUGAAUUUGAAAAACCACUGCCAGAGAGCAUGUUACAAGAUUAUUAUUACUAUUAAAAUCUUUUAACAGAGCUCAUGACACAUUGAUGUCAUUAUGCAUUGUAUGAAUAGUUUUAGUUAACAUGCUUGUGUGAGCAAAAAUAUAUCAAACAACUGGCACUGGUACAUAUAUACAUCUUUUCUGCAUUCCAGUUUAUUGAAUUAUUAAAAAGAUAUUUACCAUUUAAUUGUGUAAAGAUUUCUGAUUUUCCAAGUUGUGUAUUAUCUACUUUUAUUUGAUAUAUUUAUUAAUUAAAGAGAAGAUAUACUAUUUUUAUGUUACUUUAAAAUCUAGAAAAUUUUGCUUUAUAUAAAUCAUGUGAUUUUAAUUUUUUCUGUAGCACAAAAUGGAAUAUAAAAUGACCAAUUGAUUUUUCUUUUUUUUUUUUUUCUUUUUUUCUUCUUUUUCUUUAAUGUAGUUUAUGCCUCGAAAAACAAAAUCUUAUAUUAUUUUUUUUGAAGUGCUCACACUUUGCAUUAUAAUAUUUUAAUGUUUAAUCGAAAUAUUUGUCUUGGGACAAAGGAUUAAACCUAAUAAUUUUAAUAUAUUUCAUUUAGUUUAACUUGUUGCGAUUUUUUUUUUUUAUUAUAAUUUAUAUAACUUUUAGAUUAUGUCUCUAGUUUAUAAAUAUUUUUGGUUUUUUAAAUGAUUUCUAAAUAUCAAAUUAAUAUUUCAACAAUUAUAAAUUACUGAUAGUAAAUCUAUCUUGUAUAAUAACAAAAUGGAAUGUGCAUAUUUAUAAAUGAAAAACAUUACAUUACAACAAUUAAUAGCCCAUAAUAAUAACUAUCUGAUCACUAUAAACUGCGAUCUAUAAUUAUUUUUAUAUUUAUUUUUAUCCAUUUUACACUAUUGAGAUAUAAAUUAUAUUAAACUCAAAUCGUGUACGAGAUUUAAAGACGAUUUGUAAAAACCACAAAUAAUAUAGUUUUUCUUUAAGUAUAUUGAGUUGUUACACAAAUUAUGACGUAUUAUCAUUUUAUUAAAUUAUAUAUCAAUUAAACUACUGCACUAACAGAAAUAAUAUUGGCAAAUCCAAGUUAUCAACUUAAAGUGAAAGUAAAUGAGAUACUUUUUGUGAAUACUUAUAUAAAUAUCCAAUAAUUUACUGAGAAUUUCAACUUAUUACAUAAGUAAAAUAAAGAACACUUUUCACAAAUUCCUUAUAUAUUAUUAUAAUGGCGUAAUUAUAAAUAUUUAACUUAUUUUUUUUUUUUAAUUCAUAUUUCAAAAUUAAUUUUUUAAUCACAUUUGUUGUAAACUCUUUUUGCAAGUUUUGUUAUUCGAUAAAUAAUAUUUGGCAAUUAUUCUCAUAUAGUCAAUAUUAACACUCUUUGUCAUUAUUAAAUCAUUGUAAGUUGUAUUUUUAUGGUAAUGAAAUAUUAUGAAUCAAAGUUUGUAUCGACUGCCUUCUUAAUAUAAAUUAUUUAUAGAAGGGAAAAAAAAUUGGAAUCUAUCAAAUGUAAAGAACAUAGAAUGAAAUUACAUUGUUGUACAAAAUGAUUAAUUCUUGCAAAAUACUGUUGGGGAUAACAUUAUAUUACUACAGGGAAAGAAAUAAAUUAUCUGCAAAAAAAGAAAUAAGAA